CAGAGGAGGGGGAGAGUUUUACGACAGUACGGACCGGAGGAAGACACGGGAGCGUGGCUGUGCAGGGACACCCGAGCAAAUCCGACCGUACACAUUACGCAGAAAUGGCGGAGCACCACGCAGCCAGCGACGGCAAGCACAAAGCGUCCACCAAUGCCGGGAGUUCGGUGCACGGGAACAGCAGACCCGGUGCCGCGGCUGCAGGAGGAGGAGGAGGAGGAGGCAGCAGCAGCAGCAAAGGAGGCCUGUCUGGCGGACUGACACAACCAGCAGGGUGGCAGUCUUUACUCUCCUUUAGCAUCCUUUUUCUGGCCUGCCUGGCCGGUUUCAGCUCCAGACUUUUCGCGGUGAUCCGGUUCGAGAGCAUCAUCCACGAGUUUGAUCCCUGGUUCAACUACAGAUCAACACACCAUCUCACCACAAAUGGCUUCUACGAGUUUCUAAACUGGUUCGAUGAAAGAGCCUGGUACCCUCUGGGCAGGAUUGUUGGUGGCACGGUAUAUCCGGGGUUAAUGGUGACUGCGGGCCUCAUCCACUAUAUGCUCAACCUGCUCCACAUCACCGUCCACAUUCGCGAUGUGUGCGUCUUUCUGGCGCCGGUGUUCAGCGGCCUGACCGCCAUCUCCACCUUCCUGCUGACACGCGAGCUGUGGAACCAAGGCGCAGGACUGCUGGCAGCCUGCUUCAUAGCCAUCGUCCCAGGCUACAUCUCCCGCUCUGUCGCCGGCUCAUUUGACAAUGAGGGCAUCGCCAUCUUCGCCCUGCAGUUCACCUACUACCUCUGGGUGAAAUCAGUGAAGACAGGCUCGGUGUUUUGGACUAUUGGCUGUUGCCUCUCAUAUUUCUACAUGGUGUCAGCAUGGGGAGGCUACGUGUUUAUUAUCAACCUGAUUCCCCUGCAUGUGUUUGUGCUGCUGCUGAUGCAACGCUACAGCAGAAGAGUCUACAUUGCUUACAGCACUUUCUACAUUGUGGGUCUCGUACUGUCGAUGCAGAUCCCCUUCGUUGGCUUCCAGCCAAUCAGGACGAGCGAGCACAUGGCUGCAGCUGGUGUAUUUGCACUUCUCCAAGCCUACGCCUUCCUGCAGUACCUGAAGGACAGGCUGACCAAACAGGAAUUCCAGACACUUUUCUUCCUCGGAGUGUCUCUAGCUGCUGGCGCUGUCUUCCUCACAGUGAUCUAUCUCACAUACACAGGAUACAUCGCUCCGUGGAGUGGUCGUUUCUACUCUCUCUGGGACACCGGCUACGCUAAGAUCCACAUCCCCAUCAUAGCGUCUGUGUCGGAGCACCAGCCGACGACGUGGGUCUCCUUCUUCUUUGACCUCCACAUCCUGGUCUGCACGUUCCCAGCGGGCCUCUGGUUCUGCAUCAAGAACAUCAAUGACGAACGAGUGUUUGUGGCUCUUUACGCCAUCAGUGCUGUGUAUUUCGCCGGUGUGAUGGUGCGUCUGAUGCUGACACUGACUCCGGUGGUGUGCAUGCUGUCAGCUGUGGCUUUCUCCAGUGUGUUUGAGCACUACAUGGGAGACGACACAAAGAGGGAGAAACCCCCGGCCGAGGACAGCAGCGACGAGGACGACAAGAGGAACUCUGGGAAUCUCUAUGACAAGGCCGGAAAGGUGCGCAAACAUGUGUCAGAGCAGGAGAAAGCAGAGGAGGGUUUGGGUCCAAACAUCAAGUCCAUAGUCACCAUGCUCAUGUUGAUGCUGCUCAUGAUGUUCGCUGUCCACUGCACCUGGGUCACUAGCAACGCCUACUCCAGUCCCAGCGUGGUGCUCGCCUCGUACAACCAUGACGGCACGCGUAACAUCCUGGAUGACUUCAGGGAGGCGUACUACUGGUUGAGACAGAACACAGACGAGCAUGCACGCGUCAUGUCGUGGUGGGAUUACGGGUACCAAAUAGCAGGGAUGGCCAACAGGACUACACUUGUAGAUAAUAACACAUGGAACAACAGUCAUAUAGCACUGGUGGGGAAAGCUAUGUCGUCCAAUGAGAGCGCUGCUUACAAAAUCAUGAGGUCGCUGGACGUGGACUACGUGCUGAUCAUCUUUGGAGGUGUAAUAGGCUACUCGGGCGACGAUAUAAACAAGUUCCUGUGGAUGGUGAGGAUAGCAGAGGGAGAGCACCCUAAGGACAUCAGGGAGAGCGACUACUUCACCCCUCAGGGAGAAUUUAGAGUGGACAAGGCCGGUUCACCGACUCUGCUCAACUGCCUCAUGUAUAAGAUGUCCUAUUACCGAUUUGGUGAAAUGCAGCUGGACUUCCGGACGCCGCCUGGUUUCGACCGGACACGCAACGCUGAGAUUGGCAACAAGGAUAUUAAGUUCAAGCACCUGGAGGAGGCCUUCACCUCAGAGCACUGGUUGGUUCGGAUCUACAAGGUGAAGAAUCUGGACAACAGGGAGCCGCUGGACCACAAGCUUCGCAGCGUGGUGCCAAAGCAGAAGUACACCUCCAAAAAGACUGCCAAGAGGAAGCGAGGACACAUCAAGAACAAGCUCGCCCUGAGAAAAGGCAAGAAGCUACAAAAAAAAUAACGAUGACGAACUCCUCUAGGAAAACAAAUUAAUGCGAAGAAACCUCUUAACAACCAAUGAAGAAGAACACAGCAGGGGCCGUUUAUCUGGCACUUGGUCUCAAGCGCGUCUCUUUAGAGCGCCCCCGUGUGUUGAGGAAGUUGAAGUGUCAUAUCUGGUUCGCUCCAGGACUGUUUUCUGUUUUAUCCUGAGGACCUUUGUCUUGCUUAUUUUCUCCUGUUUUUGUUUUUUCUGUUGUUGUUUUUUAAUUAUUUGUCUUUUUUUUUGUUUUUUACUUUGUAUUUGAAUGUGUGGCAAGGCAUAGGGCUGCUCUACUUGGUUUUGGCGUCAAUUCAAUUUUCUUUUCUUUUUUCUUUUUUUUUGUGGUACAUUUAAUUAAUUGCUUAUCCAGUACAGGGGGAUCGGGUGACGGGGAAAGAGAAGUAAGACUAGGAACAUUUGCACCAAAGACCCAUUGACCUGACCUUGCUCCAUGGCACAUGUGAACUCAUUAAUGAGAGUGAGGAAGCGCAGGAGUGAAAGCUGAGGACUUGUUCCUGACACGUGUACAGAGGACCGUAUGCGGUAUGGAGGAACGUCACUGUCUAGGCACAGCCCACCUGUAAUAUUAACCUUUUUACCAUCACCAUCUCCUUUAUGUCUGCCUGACUCCCUGUCUUUCUUUUCCAACAAAUUCUUUAGAAAAAAAAGUAAAAUUGGCCUAAUAUGUAAAUAUGUUAUGUAAAGAAAAUGACUAAAAGGAUUAUAAUAUAUUGGAUUAUUGUGGUGAUUUUUAAAUAUGCAGUUUUUUGUUUGUUUUUUUCUCUUAAUUUCAUUUAUGUGAUUGUUUUUGUUUUUUUAUGACAACAACUAGAACAGUGAAUGCAAUAAUUCUUGUACAGAGGGGCUUGAGAUUUUGUUGAAAGAAUGAAUGUGAAUUUUUACAAUGCCCCACCUGCCCACCCUCCCCUACCCCACCCCACCCCACCCCCACCUCAAUCCCACCAGCUCUCCUCCUUUUUGCAUAGAUUGUACAUUUUUGCUGCUAGGGUUUAAAGACGGAAGCAAGCAACUGUGUGUAAAAAGUAGUGAUAAUAAAUUAGGCCUCCCUUCCUGCAGAGGGAGCUCUCUAGUUCAGUGAGCAAGCCUAGUGCCUCAUCGCUGGUCAUCAUCAUCUCCUUGAUUGUUGUCUACCUUCUGAGCUUUUUUUUGUUUGUUUAGCUCAUCGUGUAUCAAUACGGCAGGUUGGGUGCUUCGACCAGACUGAUGUAUUGGAAACUGGAAAUUGACUGAUGAACUGUGAAAAGCGCACAGUUAAUACACAAAGCACUGAAACUGAAAUAGGAAAAGAUAACAGGUCAUGAAAUGAACUUCUGUGAGCUCUAUAAGAAUGACAGACAGACUAACGACCACAGGUACUCGAGAGCUGUGUCCCAGCUCCAUACUGCAUUAUAAAAAAUGUAUCCGUGUGUAGUCCAUUCACAGUGUAGAAUUAACAGCUGUUGUCAAACUUUUAAUAAGUGUUACGGCUGCAGCCAACAAUAAUUUUAAUGAUUGAGUUGUUUGCCAAUUAUUUUUGACAAGUCAAUUAUUUUGGCUAUAAAAAAAUAAUCAAAACGUCACAAUUUUCCACAGCCUGAGGCAACAUCUUUAAAUGUCAUAUUUAGUCCAAAACCUCAAAAUAUUGACUAAAACAGAGAAAAGCAGCAAAGCUUUACACUUGAGAAGCCUGAACCAUAGAAAUGUUUGCUGUUUUUACUUAAUGAUUAUCAAAGUAGCUGCCAUGUUCUGUUGAUCGACUCAGUGAUGAAUUGAUUGAGUUAAGGGCUUCAGCUAACUCAUUUCUUUCAUUAUCACGUAAUGAUAACCUUUUACUUUCCUAAUUAAGGGAUUCAUGUUUUGAUUAAUAAAAUGUUCAAUUGGGGGGAAAUUCUCAUCACAAUUUCUUGCAGCCCAGGAUGAAAUCUUUGUUGUUUUAUCCAACCUAUAUUCCACAACCUCAAAAUAUUCCAUUUAUAAUAAUAUAAAACAGAGAAAAGCUUCAAGUUGCUCAAAGGAUUACACUGAUUUUAAAUUUCUCUUCCAUAAAGUUGAGAAUUAGUAAAAAUGAAAUAAGCAGAGGCCAAAAUAAUCCUGACUUUUGGUCCAUGGUUUCAAAAAAGCUCCAAAAAUGCUGAUUUCUACAUUUCCUAUAAUACACUUAGACCAUCCCCGUCUAGUAAUUGCCCAUGUCUUUCAAACUCCACACCCCAAGUUUGCAAAAGUUUGAACUUUCAAGCCCAAUCACAAUUGCAUCAUUUUAAAAUUAGUGGACUGGCCCUUUAAAUUUACCUUCAAACAUCUAGUGAAUGAAUCUAUUAAUCAUUUAAAUUCUAGCAACAUAUUAGAUGAGAUAUGUGAGUGUGCUGUUAAUGGACACCUCUUAAAUGAAUGGUAUGGUUGCUACAUAGUGUAUACUUCUUAAGAUGAUGGUAUACAAUAGGGACACAGCUCUUAUCAGCAGUAACCUUUGACUCCUUAUACCACGGGCACUGCACUGUUCUUUGUAUGUUCGGGUUCUUCAGAUGCCAUGUUUAAACACUAAAGGAGUUCCCCUUUGUGCACGCCUCAGUAACUUUUAUUUUUUAUCAAAUGAGUGACACAUCAAAAGAGUAACGCAUCAUACAGUUGUACUUCUUUUGUCACAUCUGUACCCAUUUCACAAAAAGUGACUUUUUAUUAGUGUCACCAGUUCAUUUUUGUUCUUUAAACUUUAAAAAACAAAAAAAAAAUGUGUUGAAUUCCUUUGUUCUCUUUGCUUUAAUCUUCUCUGAAGCAGUGUGACACCAUUUCAAGCUUUCAGACCUUCGACACAAUGCCACAUUGUUGUUCAGUUACACAAUGCCUAAAACUGUGUCUUGCCCUUUUUUGAGUUCUCAUUUUGUCAAGAGAGGAGAGAGUUCAGACUAAGCCUUAAUGUGAUGUACAGUUUGUUUGCCCUCUUUAAUUUUCUCAUUUUGUGCUUUUUAAAAAAUUGACCAGUUCCUCUAAGUUCUCUUCGUCUACACCUUUUUUGUUUUUUUGUUGGUUUUAAUGCAGUUCCUACCCGCUUGUCUCACUCUCACUUUCAAAGUUUACAUUUUUACAUUGUUGCUCUGUUCAGUCAUCUUUAAAUAUACA